AGCCACAGGAGGCUCCCGCCACUGGUGCGGCCGUGACUGCAUAUGGGUGGGAGAACGUGCAAAGGCGAGGUCGUGCCCCAUUACCCUGCUACGCGUCCCGUUUUUUGGUUCGUAGUUCCUUUCCCCUCUCCCCAUGUAUAUCCUCCGGCUUGUGCGCAUCGACCGUGCGCGUAUCCUGGUGUGAACGUGAGGGUACCGCGCAGCAACCUCCCGAACGUUAAACAAGCUACGCAAAAAUAAGAAAAAUUAAGUUCAAAGGGGAAGAAGAUGAAUACAUUGGACGAUGGAGACAACGGACCAAUUAUUCUCGGGGUCACAUGGUUUCUAGUCGCAUUCUCUGGCGUGUUCCUCGCAUUAAGACUCUACGCAAAGAUCAGUCGACAUUCAAAACUAUGGUGGGAUGACUACAUCAUUGCUCUUGCUUGGGUACUCCUCCUCAUCGAGUCUGCAAUAACCCAGUAUGGCCGGAGCCUUGGCCUAGGAAAACAUGUCUGGAACGUCGAUAUCGAAGACGCAUUCAUCCUUGCCAAAAGCAUAUUCAUCGGUGCGACCAUCUCCUGCUUCGCGGCCACCUUCUCCAAAAUUUCCUUUGGCAUCACCCUACUACGGCUCACCAAAGGUAAGACCAAAGCAUUCGUUUGGUUCUGCAUCAUCGGCCUCUUCGUCGUCAUGUUACCGUCCGCGUUCCUCUCCUGGCUGUCAUGCCGACCUACCGCGAAGCUUUACAAUCCGUUCCUCGAGGGAAAAUGCUGGCCUGCAUAUGUAACGAGGAACUAUGGUUACUUCAACGCCGCAUUUUGCACCGUCGUUGACUUCGCGCUGGCCUUAUUACCCUGGAAGCUCCUCUGGGGUUUGCAGCUCAAGACUAAAGAGAAAAUUGGUGUAGGCAUCGCAAUGAGCAUGGGUCUUCUUGCGGGUGUGUGCGCAAUCAUAAAGGGCGUACAUCUCCGAGACGUGACCGACGCUGACUUUUUCUACACGGGUAAAAACGUCACCAUCUGGACCGCAACCGAAACCGCCACCGCCGUGAUCGGUGCCUGCAUCCCUGUCCUCCGCGUCUUCUUCAAAAACACAAUCAUCUCUCUGCACGACCGAUACCACCGGACCGACGGCCGUAGCAUCACCACCGCGAACACUGGCUUUACUACAAACGGCUCUUCCUCCGUCCCACUGGAGAUUAUACAAUCGCAGAAAUCAAUGGGAUCCAGCGUGUCCAGCGUGCCUGGUGCAGACGAGCUGGGCAUGGUGAUUACAAAUGAUUUUGGAAAUGGCCAUGGGGGGAUAUUGCAAACGAAUACGGUGACAGUAGUGCAUACGCCGAAUCCGCAGGGGAGAAUGAUGGAGUGGAGGGGCGCAGAUGUGUCGAGUCAUCGGUAGAGAAUGGCAUUGGCAUUUGUUUGAAGCGUUUUUCUUGUUAUACCCGCGUCACUCGUGAUUAUAGUUGAGUUGGAGAGCAGUUUCCUCCUUUGUGUCAAAUAUCCAUCACGAUCGCUUAUCCUUGUCAUGGGGGGUGCGGGUGGGAAAGGUCUCCUCAAAGGAACGAUCGGCAAAAGACUAAAAUCUGUUUGAUAAAAUAGACGACGUACCGUUAGACUGUGUAUC